CAAAGAUGACACAGAAUGCUUCGUACAAAACGUGGAAUCACUCGCAAAUACGCAAAAUGUUCUUGUCAUAGAAAUGUGCUAGAUCGGGCUCAGCGGCCAGCAACCUGCGGCUCCAGGGUUGUAUGCGGCUCUUCAAGGACUGCUUCACGACGUUGUUUAUUCAGGACCACCGUCUCUCGUACUCACACGCAUUGUGGUUCCUGAAAUGUGAAGUCUUUUUUUAAACCGAAUUUGCAACAACAAAAAAAACGUCUCAUCUUGUUAUUUUAGUCGAGCCUACACACUCACCGAGGUGGAAACACCGCCCACCUGAAACUGGAAAACCAGUCUUCACCCUACGUGUGCCGUAUUAUUAAAACUUCGCAACGAACAAAGAAACCACGCCAACGUAUGACACGUACCCUCACUUCCCCUUGCGUGACCCCUCCUGCCACGGGCAUCCAGCCAGAAGGUCGGACUCCGAGAGCGCCUCUCCAGCCCCGUCACGCAGCUCAUGCGCAGUCGCCCGGGGGGGUCAUAUGGCCCCCCGCGCCGCACUCUCAGCGCCGACUCCUCCGUGCAGGGACUGGGGGGCCCUCCCAUCCCGCCCCACGGCACGCCGGGGCACGGCGACGUGGUCAACAACAAUCCCCUCCGCGCCACCACCAAGGGCCGCAGCCACAGCUUGGGGCUGGGCGAGCGAGCGAGGAGGCGGACGAGCCUGCGGCUGGGACGCGCGGCCGGGGCACGCUCCACGCAUGAGACUGGAGUGUUUCUGGAAGGCGGCUCUGAGGAAUCGGGCUGCUUCUUGGAUGAGGCCCCUCAAGACUUCGAGCCCUCGGUGAAGGCCGUCAUUCGUGCCAUCAGAGCAAUGCGCUUUCUUGUCGCCAAGAAGAAGUUCAAGGAGACGCUGCGACCAUAUGACGUGAAGGACGUCAUCGAGCAGUACUCGGCCGGACACCUUGACAUGCUCAGCCGCAUCAAAAGCCUGCAGGGAAGGGUGGAGCAGAUUGUGGGCAUGCGUGGGCAGAGCCAAGGGGAGAAGCGGCCCUGGAAGGAGAAGGGGUCCAGCCUGGAUGGAGGGGAGCCGCCUGACGACAUCAGUCUCCUUGGCCGCGUGGCACGUGUCGAGAAGCAGGUGCAAGUGAUUGAGGACAAGUUGGAUGCGAUCAUUGAGCUGCACCGCCAGGCAAGGUUACGGGCGGAGGGCUACGCUCAAAAGGAGCCCACUUCCAGGGCACCUACACCAGGUGACACGAAGUCUUCGGUCUUCACUGCCAGUCCCUCUGGAGACCCGGGCACAGACAAGGCAGAUGAAGCGGUGACCGCACGUGUGAGGGUGUCAUUUACAGGGAAUGUGGGCACCGUCGUGCGCACGUCGCCUCCAACCGCUGCAUCUCCUCCGGUCACGCUGGCCAAUGGGCUUACAGUUCUCACGAUGCUACCACACUCUCCUGGCCACCCCGUGCAAGACCUUCCUCCCCCUUACCCGACAACGGCACACUCCAUGCCCGCAAUUUCCAGCGCCUUGCGAGAAACGGACUCUCUGGACGAUCCACCAGGUGUGUGCGUGGCUCCACAACAGGUGAGCAAGGCAGGACAUGGGCAGUGGAGAGGCCACCAAGGCUCAGCACAAUGUGGACCACCCACACCCCCAUGCUCGCACCGUGCUGGCAUGGCGCCAGGGCAGCUUGAAGUGACACUGCCGGGCUCCAUGUUGAGUGAGAUGGCGGGGAUGGCGGUCUGUUCUGAACCAUCGCUGGCUGUCGUCGCAGACAGUCGGGUACAGGUCGGCUCGGCUGCCCCGGCUUGGUCAGGACAAGUGGCUGAGCAGGGCCCAGAAGUGAGGCCCCAGGGCUGGCGGGGUGGUCACGGGGCCCAGGGGCUGCAGAUGAAGCAGCGGGCAUGGGGCUCUGUUGUCUCCCUCCAGGGUGGGCUCGAUGGGCCAGUAAUCUGUGCUCAGGGCCCACACCCGGAUGGAGGUGGCGUGUGAAGGACACCCACCCAUGAGCACGCUUUGGCAACGAGUGGCCACCUUAAAGCACAGGCAGGUGAUAUCCAAGCCAAGAUAACUGUCAAAUGCACCUUACUGCUCCCAGUUAAAUUGGAGUGUUGAGUCAUUACCAUUGCCAAUUGACGGGUGUUUAAGCCCUUUAAUGUAUGAGGAUUUAAUUCUGCACUUACUGGCCCAUUGAAAUACCGUAGUAGACCCGCAGGUAUCAGAGGUGGCUGCUUUGCAGUUAGUCUUGCUGUAUCAGAAACCAAAGGCAGAGAUUAUGCACCACAGGCUUGGGAUUAAAUGUUUUAAGUAUAAUUUAGAGUACUGACUGUGUGUCAAUGUACAUCACAGACCUAUAUCAGAAGCCAAAUAUGAUAGUGUAAUUACUUCUGCCAAAGCAUGAAUAUCAAUAGAAACAAGCAUUAUGAAUGUACUUACCGAAUAGUAUCCUGCUUUUUAUAUAUAUAACCAGUGAGGUAUUAAAAAAAGAUGAGUUAUGGAUUUUAGUGAGAUGUUAAACCUACAGUACCCUGACGUCUACAAACUAAGUUGCCUCUGUGGCAGUAGUUACAUUGGAGAAACCAAACGACAUAUCUCGGACCGCGUUCGUGAACACAAAGCAGACCUAAAACACGGUAGGACCAACACCUCGGCUGUG